AUGUUAUUUACUUUUCUAACUCUUUUCCUGUUCACUGCUCGCAUACGAGCGGAUGGUGAGCUCAGAGUCUUGCACACUCCUCCAUCAGUGAAAUGGAUUGGCGGGGAUCAACUCGAUAGCUUUUACUUGAGCGAAGUGCUGCUGGCCACUCAAGGGCAUACUGCGAGUGGCAGCAGUCAUUGGAGCGGUUUGGCCAUUGCGAAUCCCUUUGACUUGGACUCCACAUCAAUAAUACUGGUGCAUAUCCAAGGUAUUUAUAUGCUGGAGCCAUUGGAAACCUUGAAGGCUUAUGAUCUAUUGUAUUCGGAUUCUCUGAACUCCAUUGACAAUUUCAUUGGCGAACUUGAUCCAAGGAGCGUAUAUGAUGUAAAUUUCACUAACCAUACUCUCGGUGUAGCCAAGUAUAUUCAUUACUUUGGCAAUGACACUGUGCCCAUAGCAAAGUCCAUACAGCACUUCAGGCCUGCGGAGUAUGAGACGCAUCGUCAGUUCCUUCAGGAGAUUGGCUAUAUGGAGGCCAUCAGUGAGAACUUGACUCACCUGUUGCAGCCAUCGCAGGUGAUCGUCAUACGCAUCUCAUUGCAGAGCAUUGUCAAGAUCAGCAAAUACAGUCUGCUCCUAGAGGCCAAAAAUAUCAUCAAUCAAGCUAUUUUUCGUCUAUUGAGUGCGGCCAGGCUCACUACCAAAUCGCUGCUCUUUGUGCAGACUACAGAUAGGGAGAUGAUCACAGACCUAUCCGGACGUAUUACGAAGUCGGGCAAUAAUACAAAUCCAUUUAAAAAGCUUCCACCUCGCGAUUUUCCGAUCAUAUUCAACAUUGUUUUGUGGUUCUCCCUGUCAAUGGCUUUGGCCCUGGCCAUCAUCUGCUAUGUAGUUGCCACUAUAGACCCGGGCUUUGAUUCAGCUUUCUAUCGUGUGAGUCGUAAACUAGUAUAUCGGUCGAGCAAAAAGAAAAACUAA